AUGGUGACUAAAUCAUGGUUCCGAAAUUUAUGGACAACUUCCAAGAAAUCCGACUCCCAAGCACACAAAUCACAUAUUGCGGUUUUGGCGUUCGAAGCCACUAGCCUUAUUACCAAACUCCUCCACCUAUGGCAAUCUCUCACCGACAAGCAAGUCGCGAGAUUAAGCGACGAAAUAACAAAUUCGGCCGGCAUCAAAAAGCUCGUCUCGAAAAACGACGACUACAUUGGCCGGUUAAUAUGCACGGAGAUGAUGGAGAAUUUAUCCCACGUGGCACGAGCUGUCUCUAGGCUGUCGGAAAAGUGCAACGACCCUCUCUUGAGGAGCUUCGAGCAGGCCUACAGCGAUCUAAUAAAAAACGACGCGGACACUUUGUAUCAAGAGAUGGAAACUCUCGCGGAUCUCGAGCAGAUGUUGAGGAGAAUGAAAGGCAGUGAUAAUCUGGAUAGCAUAACGUUGGUCGAGUACGAGAAGAAGGUCGCGUGGAAAAAGUACGAAGUGAAGAAUCUAGAAGAGAAUUCCCUUUGGAGCCAAACAUACGAUUACACGAUCCUUCUUCUCGCUCGAACCGUAUUCACCGUUUUUGGAAGGAUCGAGCACGUUUUUGGAAUCAAUCAAGUGGCCGAUUUAGGAGUCAGAGAAUCUAAAAACAAAAGCUAA